AUGGCGCCCAAACACGCCAAAGUCGCCAUCAUCGGCUCCGGCCCUGCCGCACACACCGCCGCAAUCUACCUCUCGCGCGCCGAACUCAAACCCGUCCUCUACGAAGGUUUCCUCGCCGGCGGGACCGCCGCAGGCGGUCAGCUCACCACCACCACCGACGUCGAGAACUACCCCGGGUUUCCGCAGGGGAUCGGCGGGCCAGAGCUGAUGGAGGCGAUGAAGGCGCAGUCUGAGCGGUUUGGGACGGAGAUUAUUGGGGAGACGAUCGCGCGGGUGGAUCUGAAGAGCAAGCCGUUCCGGUUAUGGCGCGAGUAUGAAGAUGGGGAGAGCGAUGAGCCGGCGCAUACUGCUGACGCGGUUGUGAUUGCGACGGGGGCGAAUGCGAGGAGGUUGAAUUUGAAGGGCGAGGAGGCGUAUUGGCAGAACGGCGUGUCGGCGUGCGCGGUCUGCGAUGGUGCAGUGCCCAUCUUUCGGAACAAGCCCCUCGUGGUGAUCGGUGGUGGGGACUCGGCGGCUGAAGAGGCGAUGUUUUUGACAAAGUAUGGCAGCCACGUCACUGUGCUUGUGCGGAAAGGCGAGCUGAGGGCGAGCAAAACUAUGGCGAAGCGGUUAUUGGCGCAUCCCAAAGUCACAGUCAAGUUCAACACCGAAGCGACAGAGAUCACGGGCGAGAACAAGCCUAGGGGUCUUAUGACGGGGUUGACGAUCGUCAAUAAUAAGACACAAGAGACAGAGUCGCUACAAGCGAACGGGCUCUUCUACGCUGUAGGCCACGACCCGGCCACCGCAUUGGUCAAAGGCCAGCUCGACUGCGAUGAAGAAGGGUAUCUCCUUACGCAACCCGGGACAUCCUACACGAGCAUCCCGGGCGUGUUUGCCGCUGGGGACGUGCAAGAUAAGCGGUAUCGGCAGGCGAUUACGAGUGCGGGGAGUGGGUGUAUUGCGGCGUUGGAGGCGGAGAAGUAUCUUGCGGAUCUGGAGGAUGAGAAUCCGCUGGAGCGGGAGGCGAGUAAAGGGGACACGCAGAAGGCGGAGGUCAAUGGGGAGGGUGAUAAGAAGAAGGAUGGGUUGGAGUAUAAGAGUAAUCCACUACUGUGA